UGGGAAAGUCGAUCCGUCGAUUCUUCGAUACCCCGAUUUUUUGAUACAUAAUCGAUAAUCGAGGAUCGGCGAAAAUCACCGAUUAUUAAAAUUCUGCAGGAUGUAGACGUAAAGUGCUGCCUAGCAGCGGUUCAUCGCUGUCGUUGCAGUAAUUUUAGUCAGUUUUACAACUAAAUAAAUAACCAUAAACGAUAUAAUAAAUAAUAAAUGAAAUAUAACAUAGCUUACCACAGCUCAGUUGCCACAAUCCCGUAAGCGGGAACGGAGGUUGGCGAUUUCGUACUGUGCAUUUAGGGUUAUUUAUUUAUUAACGCAGUGUUAUCGUAUAAAGAAAUUGUAGCCCAACUUUUACUUGCUGAAUACACCCACAUUGGUAGCCAUGUGCACAAAAUUUCAAGAUUCUACUGAGAAGUGUGCCACGUUUUCUACGUUUCUAGUAUAUUUAUUCACUUGCGUUGUUGCAUAUUUAUUUUCGUCAAUGAUUUUUUUUGUUAACCAGCAUUUGUCUAUACAUGAACUUUCACAGGUUUGCCAACUUCCGGUACAGAUCUUAUUCUCAAUUACUUAACGAUAAAAUGCAAGAAUAAUGUGGCCAUAGCCCGUAACAUUUUACGAGUUACGUAUUUUCCGUAAUUUAUUUAAUAACAGUAAACAUUAAAUCACCAGUUAAUUACGCAACUUAAACAUAAAAUUUCAAUGGACGUUUUUGAAACACGUUUUCAUUCCAGUAAGUUACCAGUACGGCAACUGUAGAAAUUUUCUUACAUGCUUUUGUUUCCAGUGAUGCUUCUUUGUUUGAAUGUUGGGUAAUGUUAGCGCAAUACGAAUAGUAAAAUAACAUUUUUAUUUACGUGAUGUCUAGUGAAGUGUGGAAAUACUUUGUCAUCGACCGACAAAAUUCUGGCUACGCAAUAUGUCAAAUCUGUAAAUGUACAAUCUCACGUGGCGGUAAAUCUAAAACUACAACAAACAUGAAAAAACAUCUCGAAAACAAGCAUGGGAGUUACGUUCAUGAGACGAAGAAACAAAGGCUACAUUCAUCGGAAUUGAGCGAGAUUGAAGAAAAUGAAAUAGAUGAUAGUUCAGCACAAAAUUGUUCUUCAGAGACAACCUUGCCAUUGUCAUCAAAUUCAGAUGUUAGGCCUACUGCUACUGAUUCAUCGAGAGGCAGCGGUUCAGUGUCCCCGAGGCAUGCUGAGAAAGUUGGCCAAACGAAUAUUUCAUCAAGAACACCAAACCAGUAUAGGCUAACUCCUAAAAGUCAAUACCAGCCUACAUUACAAUCAUUUAUUGAUAAAACUGCACAAUUCAAGUCCACUGAUCCUCGUGCAAAAUCAAUAACUCAGCACAAAGGUAGAAUGAUGUGCUUAGACAAUCGUCCUUUUAGCAUGGUUGAAGACAGAGGAUUCACAGAAUUUGUCAAAUUCCUUGAGCCUAGGUAUGUUUUGCCCAGCAGAAAACAUUUUUCAAAUACUGUUGUACCACACAUGUACCAAGAAUGUAGGGAAAAUGUGAACAAAAAGUUGGACGAAGCUGAACAUGUGAGUCUUACAACAGAUAUGUGGACUUCAACAGCCAAUGACGAUUAUCUUGGUCUAACUGUGAAUUUUGUUGAUUCCAAUUUUGUCUUGCAACACCUCAACAUUGGGGUUAUUCCCUUUCCUGAAUUAUCUCACACAGGGAACAAUUUGUGCAAUUUUAUCACAGAAACACUUGAAGAAUGGAAGCUGCAAUCUAAAGUUGUUGCCAUUGUAAGAGACAAUGCCAGGAACAUAACUGCUGGCCUAGAAUCAUCCGAAUAUGAACAUCUGCCAUGCCUAGCACAUACCCUGCAGCUUGUUGUAAAGGAAGGGCUACUGAACAACAAGAAUGUAAAUAAUCUGAUUGCCAACGGUCGUCGCAUAGUUGGCCAUUUCAAACAUUCUUGUAAGGCGACAAAAGAGUUAAAGAAGGCUCAAGCCACGCUGAAAAUGAAAAAACAUAAACUUAUCCAGGAUGAACCAACGCGUUGGAAUUCAUCUCUCCAUAUGCUACAGCGCUUACUUGAGCAAAAACAGUCUGUUUCUUUAGCAUCAGCAACUCUGCAGUUACCUGUGACUUUUUCAUCAGCAGAAUGGAACCUGAUGACAAAUAUAGUAAACCUUUUAAGUAUUUUCAACCAUGCAACAUUGGCUGUAAGUACUCAGUGUGUGACAGCCUCAGAAGUCAUACCUAUAAUCAACAGUUCUACUGAAGAGCUAAGGAAACCAGCACCUACUGGAUCAGGUGUACAGGGCAUCAAAAAUGAUAUGCUUGCUGCCAUAACUUUGAAGUAUUCUGAUGUUGAAGAGAAUAUGUUGUACGCAGUUGCAACAUUACUGGACCCACGAUUUAAACACCAUGUUUUUGUGCAGGACGGUAAUGUCACAAAAGCGAAAGUUUUUUUGAUUGAAGAAGCAAGAAAAACUAUCUGUUUGAAACAACCUGAAACUGAGUCUGUGCCGCAAACAUCCAGCCAAGCAAUGGAAAGCCAUGGUAUGUGGACAUUUUACUCAAACAUAAUGAAGACUGCCCCAAGUGUAAGCCACAUCGCAUCAGUUGAAGAUGAGAUUAAUGUUUACUUGGAAGAACCUAUUCAAAAUUCAAGUACCAACGUUUUCCAGUAUUGGAAAGAAAAUACCAAGUACCCAUGUUUAAAAAAACUGUCAAAGAAAUUUCUUUGCAUUCCACCUUCAACUGUACAUUCCGAGCGAUUAUUCAGCACUGCAGGACUGAUUGUUGAUCAGAAACGGAACCGUUUAGAUCCUGAACGAGUCAAAAUGUUGGUUUUUUUAAAUAAGAAUUUGUGAUCUAAUAAGAAUUUAGGAUCUAAUAAGACUUUGUGAUCUAAUAAGAUGCUUUGCCAGUUUUCAUUUAUUAUUUUAAGAACUUUCAAUUUUAUUUUGUCAAAAGUGUUGUUUUUAUGAUAUUUCACUAUGUUGUCAUUUAUUUCAAAGGUAUAAAGAUUGAAUUUGGUAGUUUCUGGUUUUUUACAAUAUUUUUAAUAAUCACAACUUUUUGUGGCUAUUUAAAGUUUGAUUGAUAAAUGUUAAUGAUUGUACAUUUAGUAAUUAAUAUACUAUUUAUUAAAUUGUAUUCCAAUGAAAUUGUUAGUAUUUUGAUGACUUUACGACAAUUCACUUUUUAUUAGUACUACUGACCUAUUACUAAAUUACGUAUUCUCUUUUCAAAAUUACAUAUUCAACUGGAUUAAACAUAAUCCACAUAAAAAAUAAUGCUUGCCCUACACAUUACACAUUACAGAAUAGUAAUUUCAAUUUCUUUAUUUCAAGUAAUGUAAAGUUUUGUUUUAUGUGUUAAAUUUAAUAGUAUUUAUUUAUUAUUUUGAAAAAUGCUUUUUUAGUGUAUUCAAUAAGUAUGUUUACUGAUUCCAUUGUAACUUAUACUUCAAUCCCGAAAAUGAGAAUCUAUAACUUAACCUAAUUGAUUGGAAUCGAUAAUCGAUAAGAAUCGAUGAUCGCAACAAGACUCGAUAAUCGGUAUCGAAUCGAAAAUUUUGAAAAUUUCCCAUCCCU